AUGGCCACGGUCGCGGGCUUACGGGCCUGCGGGGCAAAGGGACCUGGUUGGCUCCUGCGCUGCCCAUGGGGUCCGCUCGCCGCCGGCUUCUGCAGCGGGGGACCAGGCGGGACCUGGCGGCCGGAACCCGAGCCGCGGCCCACCAGCACGUGGCAGCGGGACGGCAUCAGGAACAUUGUCUUGAGCAAUCCAAAGAAGAGGAACGCACUGUCACUGGCAAUGCUGAAAUCACUCCAAACUGACAUUCUCCAUGAUGCUGAAAGCAAAGAUCUGAAAGUCAUUGUAAUUUCAGCUGAGGGACCUGUAUUUUCUUCUGGGCAUGAUUUAAAGGAACUGACAGAUGAGCGAGGCUGUGAUUAUCAUGCUGAAGUAUUUCAAACAUGUUCUGAGGUCAUGAUGCAGGUCCAGAGUCACCCUGUCCCCGUCAUCGCCAUGGUGAAUGGCUUGGCCACAGCUGCUGGCUGUCAGCUGGUUGCCAGCUGUGACAUUGCUGUGGCGAGCGACAAGUCCUCUUUUGCCACCCCUGGUGUGAACAUCGGCCUCUUCUGCUCUACCCCAGGGGUUGCCUUGGGAAGAACAGUUCCUCGAAAGGUUGCCUUAGAAAUGCUUUUUACUGGGGAGCCGAUUUCUGCUAAGGAGGCCUUGUCUCAUGGUUUGCUCAGCAAAGUAGUGCCAGAAGAGCAGCUGGAGGAAGAGACCAUGAGGAUAGCAAAGAAGAUUGCCUCCAUGAGCCGCCCUGUGGUGUCUUUGGGCAAAGCUGCCUUCUAUAAGCAGCUGUCACAGGACCUUAAAACAGCCUACUGCCUCACCUCCCAGACCAUGGUGGACAACCUGGGCCUAGAAGAUGGGCAGGAGGGAAUCAAGGCCUUCAUCCAGAAGAGAAAACCCAUCUGGUCACAUUGA